AUGUUGACAAUGGCCCUCCUGCGAACAUCUCCCGGUAUCUCAAUAACUAGGCUGCUUAGAACAUGCGCCAGAAAUAGCUACACGACGAUUGCAGGAUGCGGUCUUCCCGCCCACAGCAGGGAGAGAUCAUCGGUUACCUUUCCCGGCAGAGUGCACAAAGACGGAUCCCACAUACCAACAACCUCUCCGAGCUACAAAAUAUUCGGCAGACCGUUUCAUGCCAGCGCGGUAUGCCGCGCCAACUGCGACUGGGGCCGCCCGUGCAUUUGCUCGGAGUGCAGCGCAGUUGCAGCAGCCCAGAAUCCAAUUUGCCAGAUUUGCAACGUCAACCCCACAGUAUACACGUCCGCAGAACGGGGGGGAUGGGACCGAAAGGGAAUACCAAGCGGCUACACGUUUACUUCGCUCUGCGCGGAGUGUGCCGACAAAAGGAAAGAAGAGAACCGAAUAAGAGAAGAAGCCAGAAAGGAGAUUGAUGCGAAACUCGCAGAAGAGAGGCGAAUAAGAGAAGAAGCCAGAAACAAGAUCGUGGCUGCCCACACGGAGAGAGUGGCCAUGAUGCUGCGGCAUGUUAGGUCACUUCCGCAAGGAGAGCAAGUUCCGAUCGCCUAUGCGGUUGAGAAGGUUCACAGGGCGAUGCGCUCGAAGAAGGCUGCUUGGGUGCAUAAGAGUAUCAGAACGAAGUAUAAAGAACUACUGCAAGCUGUGAGAGUGCGGAAAAGGUGGAUGUGUGAUAAAGGACGAGUUGAUGCGAUGGACUUUCGUCUAUACUCAGUAGAACGGGACCAGUUGGCUGAGGCUGUAGGUAGAAUGGAAGCAAGGAGAGAAGCACCGAUCGAUUUGGCCGGGGUAUACCGACAACUCAGGCUGAAGACAUGA